UCUGGCUCAAUCUCAAAAUACGCUCUUCCCUUUCACACCUUUCUCUUUUCUUCUCUGUUCAUCGACGAAACCCUAGCUCUCUCUGUUCCUGCACCUUCGUCCAAAAUCUAUCUUUCUCAGAGAUCAACAUGUCAGAUCCUUUAAGCAUGUCCCUUGACGAUAUCAUCAAGGGAAAUAAGAAGUCUGGAUCCGGAAACCCUAGAGGCAGGGGCAGACCCUCCGGCCCUGGUCCCGCUCGACGACUUCCCAAUCGCGCCGCCAAUCGAACUGCUCCUUAUGCUGCCGCCAAGGCUCCGGAGACGCCAUGGCAGCACGAUUUGUAUAUGGAUCAAGGGGCUGCUUUCUCUGCUCAGGCUGGCCGAGCUUCUGCAAUUGAAACCGGGACAAAACUCUACAUAUCAAACUUGGAAUAUGGGGUUUCAAACGAGGAUAUUAAGGAGCUGUUUUCUGAAGUUGGUGAUCUGAAACGUUAUUCAAUCCAUUACGACCGAAGCGGUAGAUCGAAGGGAACCGCGGAAGUAGUUUUCUCACGACGGGGAGAUGCUGUGGCAGCGGUCAAAAGAUACAACAAUGUUCAGCUGGAUGGGAAGCCAAUGAAGAUAGAGAUUGUGGGAACUAACGUAGCAACAGCUGCUGGGCCGCCUCCUCCUGCCACCAAUGGCUCGUUUGGAAAUUCAAAUGGAUUUUCAAGCUCAAGACUUGGACAAGGUAGGGGUGGAGCCAUUGGACGCCCACGAGGAGGUGGGCCUGGUGGUAAUGGCAGAGGCCGUGGUCCUAGAAGGGGGGGCCGCGGACGGGGAGGCGGUCGUGGUGAAAAAGUAUCUUCUGAUGACCUUGAUGCUGAUCUGGAGAAGUAUCACGCAGAAGCCAUGCAAGAAAACUGAAAGCAGAUCCUGUGUUUAUUCAUUGCUAUUAUAUCUUCUGUGGCUGUUUAAGUAUUGGAUGAUUGAGAACUCCGUCUAUUUUGUGUACUUUACCAAAAUCCAACUUCUAGAGAAAAACAGAAGAAAUUACCAUAGGAACAACUGUUAGAAUCUUACUUUAUGGAGUUUGGGCAUUUAAUGUUGAUUGUUCCUUUUAACUUGGGUGUGUAUGAAAUAUGUGGGUUACUGCACUGCUGUCUGUAUGUACUCAGUAAUCUGCACCAGCACUUUUUUGGUUUUA